ACCGAGAGAGAGAGAGAGAGAGAGAGAGAAACCGUCUUGAGUGAAGGUCAAAUCCAACAGACACAAGAGAACAUCGACGCCGAUUUCUCGCCGGUUUUAUCUCCGAUUCUGUGCGUGCGCGUGUUUUAAAUGCUCUAUUUGAUCGCCUGUUUCCCGCGAGAGUGGUCGGCGGCGGCGGAGGAGGAGGAGGAGGAGGGAGGCGGUGGCGGAGCACUCAUUGUUGCCGGUAACAUCCCGGUGGUCGGCGAAACCUCUAGAGGUCUCUGAUUAUGAAGAAAACCCAAGCAAGCAGCAAGACCAAGACCAGCACGAAUGGCUUCAUCCCCAAUUCUCUGAGGUUCAUUUCCUCCUGUAUCAAGACCGUCUCCUCCAACGUCCGCUCGGCUGGAGCUUCCGUUGCGGGCUCGAUCUCCGGCGACCCCGAUGAUCACCACAAGGACCAGGUGUUGUGGGCUUCAUUUGACAAACUAGAGCUUGGCCCAUCCUCCACCAAGCACAUUCUCUUAAUUGGUUACUCCAAUGGCUUUCAAGUCCUUGAUGUUGAAGAUGCUUCUAAUUUCAGUGAAUUAGUUUCCAGGCGUGAUGAUCCAGUCACAUUUUUACAAAUCCAACCAAUCCCUGUGAAGUCCAAAGGCCAUGAAGGAUUUAGAGCUUCACAUCCCUUGCUGCUGGUAGUUGCAUGUGAUGAAACAAGAAGCUCGGGUCCCAUGCAAAAUGGGGGGGAUGUUUUGGUCAGAGAUGGUUAUAUUGAACCCCAAACAGGGAACCUUCUCAACUCUCCAACAGCAGUUCGGUUUUAUUCAUUAAGGUCUCACAACUAUGUUCAUGUUCUGAGAUUUCGAUCUACUGUCUAUAUGGUUAGAUGCAGUCCACGAGUAGUGGCUGUGGGUCUUGCAGCACAAAUAUAUUGCUUUGAUGCGGUUACUCUUGAGAGUAAAUUUAGUGUUCUUACUUAUCCUGUUCCUCAGUUGGGAGUCCCCGGACUGGUUGGAGUUAACAUUGGCUAUGGCCCAAUGUCUGUGGGUCCCAGAUGGUUAGCUUAUGCAUCUAAUAACCCCUUGUCAUCAAAUGCCGGACGUCUAAGUCCCCAAAGUCUUAGCCCUUCUCCAGGUGUUAGCCCUUCUACUUCACCUGGUAGCGGAAGCCUGAUGGCUCGGUAUGCAAUGGAAUCAAGUAAGCACUUAGCUGCUGGAUUAAUGAAUCUGGGUGACAAGGGAUACAAAACUUUGACCAAAUAUUAUCACGAGAUGCGUCCUGAUGGUUCUAGCUCUCCCGUUUCAUCAAAUUCAGGAUGGAAAGUUAGCAGAACUGCAACACAGUCAACAGAAACUGAAACUGCUGGGACGGUUGUUGUGAGAGAUUUUGUGUCUAAAGCUGUUGUAUCACAAUUUAGGGCUCAUACUAGUCCAAUAUCUGCUCUAUGCUUUGAUCCAAGUGGGACUCUUCUGGUUACUGCCUCUAUCUAUGGAAACAAUAUAAAUAUCUUCAGGAUUAUGCUGUCCCAAAAUGCAUCAGGAACUUACGAUUGGAGUUCUUCUCAUGUGCACCUUUACAAGCUCCAUCGUGGCAUGACUUCAGCUGUGAUUCAAGACAUUUGUUUUAGUCAAUAUAGCCAGUGGGUAGCAAUUGUUUCAUCCAGGGGGACUUGCCAUAUAUUUGUUUUAUCCCCUUUUGGUGGUGAGACUGGUCUGCAGGUAAUACCCAAUUCCCAUGCUGAUGGCCCUAGCCUCAUACCUGUCCUAUCCCAACCAUGGUGGUCUGCUUCAUCUCUCAUGAUAAGUCAGCAGUCCUGCCCUCCACCUCCACCACCUAUCAAUCUCUCAGUUGUUAGUAGGAUAAGACUUGGUAACUCUGGGUGGCUCAAUACAGUCAGCAGUGCUGCAUCUUCUGCAGCAGGAAGGGUCUCAGUGCCUUCUGGUGUUGCUGCCAUUUUUCACAAUUCUGUACAUCAUCGCGCACAACCUGCUCCCCCAAAUGUCAAUCCUUUGGAGCACCUAUUGGUCUAUUCCCCUACUGGCAAUGUAAUUCAGUAUGAACUUCUUCCUUCAAUAGGGGGAGAGCAAGGUGAAUCUUCUUCAAGAACUGGGGCAGGUUCAUUGGUGCAGAUGCAAGACGAUGAGCUACGUGUAAAAUCUGAAACUGUUCAAUGGUGGGAUGUCUGCCGAAGAGUAGAUUGGCUUGAAAGAGAGGAAUGCAUUUAUGGGAUUACUCCUGGUGGGCAAGAUUCUACUGGGAUGGUCCUGGAUGCUUUUAAUUAUGAAGAUAAUGGUACUGGUGAAAAGGAUAUUGUAAAGCCACAUGAACAUUCUCAUUUGUAUCUCUCUAAUGCGGAGGUGCAGAUACGGUCUGGGAGAAUGUCAAUUUGGCAGAAGUCUAAGAUAUGUUUUUUCAGGAUGAGUCUUCACAGGGAUGUGGAGCAGAAUAUAAUUAAAGAUCAUAUCAGUGGAGAGAUUGAGAUUGAAAAGGUUCCUGUUCAUGAGGUUGAGAUAAAGCGGAAGGAUUUGCUUCCUGUUUUUGACCGCUUCCAGAGGAUUCAGUCAGACUGGAGUGAUGAUAGGGGCCUGUCUGGUGGGAGGUAUUCGACUUUACCUUCUACUUCACAAAGUGUUAAAGGGAAGCUUUCAGGUGAACUUACAGUUUCCCAUACUAAGCUGGUCUCUCCUAACUCUUUUGAAAAUUCAGGGUUGUUAGAUAUACCCGCAGCAGUAAAUAGCUUAGAUCAAGUGGACGGUUUGAGGUCUUAUCCUCAACUUGUCUUAACUGCAAAUGAGAAUGAAGGGUUAAAAGGACAAAAUGAUAUGUCAUCGUCUCCUCCAGUGAAUCAAAGGUCUUUCAAACAAGCUGAUUUAUCAAAGUCUCAUGAGCAAUCUGCAACUAGCAUGCCUUCUUUUGAAGAAAGCUAUGCCAUAAAUGCUCCUUUGCCAAACACUGGUGCACUUUCUACUGAAGGAACUAUAGCCAGAGAGGUUCAGUCUUCAAGUAGUGUUGUGACCAGUGAAGUUUCAAACGCCAGUUCAAACCGGUCUGAUUUGAGUAUGAAUAUUAUUGAUGAGGGGCUAGUGCAUGAAGAUAUGCAUGACCCACUAGAGUUUGGGCAAUAUUUUGAAGAGGGAUAUUGUAACCCAUCAGCUCAUGAUGAAUGUCCAGAAUUAACAGGAGUUGUUACUGAUGUUGACAGCACUAAUAGUCCUUGUGAUAAGGAUAAAUCUGAGGAAGAUGGGGACAAUGAUGGCAUGCUUGGAGGUGUAUUUGCCUUUUCAGAAGAAGGGUGCUGCAACACAUUUUGGCUGAGAGCAGCUCUUGACACAAUUAUUUACAAAACAUAUUUCUAUUUACAUGCCGAAUGAUUAAUAGCUGGCUGAGCAACUGAGCAAAUGAAGGAUCCUGUACAUGUACCCAACAGAAGUGCAGAAUUAUAUAAUUUUUUCUUGUUUUCUUGUCUAUUUUUUCUUUGGGUAUUGUUACUUGAAUGCUAAAUUGCAUGAGUGAAAGUGACUAAAGGCUCGUGCCUUUGAUCCUUAAGGCUGCCGCUGUUCAUUGUAUGGGAUUAGAGAGGAUAAAUAAUCUGUCGGGCAUUAAACUGGAAAACCGUGAAUUUCUCUGAGAAUUUUGUUAGUGUUUGUUUGGUUAGCAAGAGGUCCACAGUGUGGAAAAUUGGGCCACCCUUGUGUGCCAGUGCCAAGUCUUAUCCUCUGUGAUGCCUAUUCAUGGUUGACUAAUAGUGAUCUCAGGCACUAGUUAAUCUCCCAUGAUGGGGUUUUACUGGCCUGCUUCGCAUAGUUGGUCCAAACGUGUACGAUUUAAUUUUCUAAGCUUAGUUGCAAAAAGGAAAGUUAAUCACAAGUAGUGAUUUGUUGUUAGAAAUCUCUUUAUUUCUU